GAGCUUCGGGAAGACCUGCGCAUGUCCAUGAUCAUCGCCGCCUUCACGGGAAUCUCAUGGUACAUUGGCGCCGAGAUCAACACGACUCUGUUUUUGCUCUUCAAGCGCCGUCGCGGCCUGUAUUUUUGGUCCGCCGCGCUCUGCUCGUGGGGCGUCGUUUUGCAACCCCUCUUCAUCAUCCUCGCCGACUAUGGAAUAUGGACCAACCUCAGCGGGUCCAUCACCAUGAUCUACCUGACAUGGUUCAUCAUGGUGGUUCCGCAGAGCUGGCUGCUGUAUUCGCGCCUGCACUUGAUCGCUCAGUACGGAACGAUGCUGAGCUGGAUCAAGUUCAUCCUGAUCUUCACUUCGAUCGUCUUUUCCGUGCCCACCAUUGUCAUGGGCACCAUUGCUCAAGCGACAAGCAUCAACCCCGACUUGUUCCGCAUCAACUUGGCCUGGGACCGCGUUCAACUCACAGUCUUCUUCGUCCAGGAAACAGCUCUGUCACUGCUGUACAUCUUCCAAGCCCGCAAAUACUUACGCAACUCGUCUCUGCUCUCCAAACCCUAUACCGUUGAGCCCACGCCAGGAGAGGAGACCGCCCCUGCACGCGCCACUCCGGAAACGCACCAAGUCCUUCUGCAUCUCGUCCUGGCCAACUGCCUCGUUAUCGCCCUCGACAUCUCCCUGCUGGGCGUCCAGUACGCCGACCUCUUCUACUUGCAAGGCGCCUUCAAGCCGUGCGUUUAUGGUGUCAAGCUCAAAGUGGAGUUUGCCAUCCUGAACCGGCUGCUC